AAUAAGGAAGCGGCCCGUCGGGCAUAUGACCACAGGUCCAAUUUGGGAGCUGCCAACGAAGCCCAUCAUCACGUACGCACUCUCGCGCUCACUGUCCCCGGGGCCGCUCGCGUGGAUCGACAGCGAUUGGGUUCUCGCGUUCAAACUGACCCCGCCGGUCGCGAUGAGGUCAGCGUGAUGUCAUCCUGAAGGUGAGUGAUGUCAUCCCGAAGAUCUCCUAGGCAAGGUGAGCUUGUAUUUUGGUGAGUGGUGUGGUGCUCUCCAUCCAGAGAGGUGAAACAUGGUAAUCAUCAUCUCCACCACCACCGCCACCAGCUCAAGCUCUGCCGCCCUGCUCUUCUCAUCUACCGAGGGGCUUAUUAUGUUACACGCCUGCAGCCCCGACCUGCCUUCCAAAAAUAAGCCCCUGCCACCAUGCCGAAAGAAGAAAAACAAGAGUGGUAUUUUUAGGGGCAUUAAUUUUGACCACGUGCCCCGAGGGUAAACCGGAUGGCCACUGCGCAAAGGUUCCUCAUCAGUAUGUUCGAGAGCAGCGGGCGCUGGACGUGGACUGCGGUUGUUCUGCUGGGCUUUCUGCUUGGGAUCGUGUCCUCUUACCCCACCUCGAACAGGACUAAUGCAACUCCACUGGAGAAAAGGUGGGAGACGCUCUUCUCCCGCUCCGUUUUGGGGAUCUCGGUGGAGAAAUCGGACCUGAACUGGGAGAGUGACUAUUUGCUGGGCAUUAAGAGAGUGCGGAGGCUGUACUGCAAUGUGGGCAUCGGGUUUCACCUGCAGGUCCUGCCAGGCGGAAAGAUCAACGGUGUCCAUAAUGAGAACCCGUACAGUCUCAUUGAAAUCUCAGCGGUAGAGAGAGGAGUGGUUACUCUAUACGGGGUGAAAAGCGAGAUGUUUGUCGCAAUGAGCAGCCGCGGAAGGUUAUAUGGAACGAGGGCCUUCCAUGACGAGUGCAAGUUCAAGGAGACGCUGCUGCCCAACAAUUACAAUGCAUACGAGUCUUCCAUUUACAAGGGAUUUUAUAUUGCCCUCAGCAAACAUGGCCGCUUGAAGCGAGGCUACAAGGCUUCCCCAGCAAUGACUGUCACACAUUUCCUCCCACGUUUAUGAGCAAAACUGGCAAUAACACAAUAAUUUGCACAUGUUGGAUGUUCUCGUAGGUAACCCAAACAUGCUAAGAGGUGAACUGCAAAGAACUAAAAUAACACUUACGCUAUUUAUUCUCAUAGAAAUAAUAAUAAUAAUAUAUGUAUAUUUCGGUAGCUUACUUUGUGUCUGAACUUUGUGUACAUGCCAUUCUUUGCUGCUUAUGAUUUCUAUUAUGAAUAUACGAGAGUCGAGGAGCUUUUUUUGCCCUCUCACUUUUUAUGGGUGCUUGCCAUAACUGGCGUAAACCAUACCUGGCGUUGGACUAACAUCCUUAGCUUUUAGAAGUGAAAUGGACACUUUUCAUUACCUCAAAGAGCCACGUCCGCAUUGGAAAACUUAGGGAGGGAAAAAUAAAUAUCAGUUUACUCUGAUCUUCAUCUGUUGCGCCAUUUUACGAGGGAGAUGAAAGCACUUAUUUUUCUGUAGUUACUCCUUUUUCAUGAUUAGGUGGUGCCUUAGCCUCUGCUAUUUUGCCUCCUUUUGUGCAUGCAAGAAAGAGGUUUUUGUUCCUUUUUUAAAUCAAUAACUAAAAACGGAUUAGCCUACUUAUUGGGAGUUCAACUUGGAGAAGGCCAUUUGAUGCCUCAAGGUCAGAAUUUGACUGAAAGCCUGUGGACGGCUAGACCUGUAUAGUUUGGGUGCUUCUAUUUGAAUGAAUAGUGAAAAGAGAUCAAGCUAGUGAAAUGCACAGAAUUGCAUUCAUCUUGAAUCAUGUGGCACGAUUAUAUGAAAGCAUAGCUGUUGCUUAGUGAUAAGGAAACCUCUCAUUUUACUUCAAUCAUUAGAUGAUACUAGUCAGUGGUGUCUCUGUUUUACCUCUACAGUCAGUGAUCUCCAGUGAGGGCUCAUUCACCAACAUCUUGACUGCAUACUUGAACUCCUCCUUUAAAAAGUCUUUGGAAUGUAAAAACCAAUACAACCGUCUUAAUCUGUUCGAGAUAACAUAAUUUGCUCGUUACUUUAUGUUUGAAUACCAGGCAUAGACCCAAACACCUGUGCACACUCUUGAAUUCCCCAAUUCAGUUGACUUUGUCUAGAGAAUUUGGUUGUACUUGAAAUUGAAUUGAACUUCGGUAUUGGGCAUUCCCCUUCCCUCACUUACAAUGUCUCCCCACUUUUUUUAAACUCUAGAAUUAAAGGAAUAGCAAACUCCUUUCAAUUCAAAUAAUGUGAAAUUAUUAUUACACUUUUAAAAAAUGAUAUGAUCAAUAAGUCAUGACAACAUGUUUUUACAUUGCUUUAACUCGUCAAAAUAAGUUAAGCAAUUUUCAACAUUUUGUAUAAGUUCAACUAUUUUUUUCAAGUUAAUAUGAUUUAAGUUGAUUGUACUUAAAAAUUUAAGGCAGCAACUUUUCUUUUUUUUUACAGUAAGAUAAUCCAUUAAUUUUCCAUUUAGGUUGCAGUUCAGACAUUAUACAUGUUAAUGCUACAAAGGAGAAGGGUGUUUUUUUUAUAUAACAGUUAUGGCUGGGAUGUUUGAGUCAGUACACUGAUAGUACACUAAUAUUUACAGUACUCUCGUGGAGUGUGUGUGAGACAUUUUCUUUAAAGUUAUAGUUCACCCAAAAAUUAAGAUUUCUGACCUUAUGUCGUUCCAAUCCUCUGUGACAUUCUCUCUUCUGUGGAACACGAAAGAACAUACUUUGAAGAACGUUUGUGUUCACACAAUGAAAGUCAAUGGGGUCCAAAAAUGUUGUUUUGAACCCCAUUGACUUUCAAUUUAAAAUUAUGUUUCACAGGUUUGGAGCAACAUGAGGGUGAGUAUAAUGACAGAAUUUUCAUUUGCUUUCAGAGUGAACUAAGCA